AGUAAACAGACUGUUGUUGUCAUGGAGCCACGAGAGGUCACAUGCACCAAUCAAACAUCAGUACAGGAAGCUUGGUUUUAAAAGUUUAAUUGUGUUGUCCAUUUGAGAAUAUUUAAGAAAUAACGGUGUGACAAACAAAUUGAUAAAGGCUAAAACUGCAGAAUGGGUGAUUCAAUUCCUUCCGAGAAGAAACUGAAAGACGUAUUUGAGGAUUGUUCCAGUGGGGAUGGUUCGCUGGACAAGGACGAAUUCAAGUCACUGUGUUACAGAUUUUACCUUUCUCCAACUAAUAGUGAAGUUAAUGACAAGUUCAAACAGCUGGAUAAAAACAGUGAUGACAAAUUAACAUUUGACGAGGUUAAAACCCUAAUAGAGGAACUAUGGACUUCACUGGAAGAAAGAAAAGAGGCUUUCCGGGCUGACAUCCGAGACUGUAUGAAAAAUGACGGUCCGAUAACAAGAGACGAUCUCAAGGGAAUAUUGACGCGCGGGGAAGACGAUGACGCUCUAACGGAAGAAGAUCUCGAUUUCAUCUUCAGUAAAAUGGACUUGGAUGGGGAUAAAAAAAUCACAUUAGAAGAAUUGACCGAUCUGCUAUUCGAAAUGGAUCCGGAAGUCAUGUCCCGGGCAGUGUCGCGAUGCGAAUCGAGAAAAAGCAGGAGGAAAAGCAAAUCACGCAGUCGCAGUAAUUCAAGAGAAAGAAAAAGGAGCCGCAGUGGAUCUAGAGAGAGAAAGCGCAGUCGAAGUAAAUCUAGGGAAAGAAAACGAAGUCGCAGUGGAUCUAGAGAGAGAAAGCGCAGUCGCAGUAAAUCUAGUGAAAGAAAAGGAAGUCGCAGUAGAUCGAGAGAUAGGAGUCGUAGUAGAUCUAGAGAUAGCAAGCGCAGUGGAUCUGGGAAACGUCAUAGCUCUGCAGGGAGUCAUCGAAGUGGUAGCGGACAUGGAUCACGCAAGAACAGCAGACAAGAAGUUAUUGAAGUUGUUCAAGGCACAAUUGAACACAGUGAACAAGAAAAUACUGCAAAAAGUGAACAAGAAGACGAAUCUUUAAAUCAAGAAACAAAACAAAUUGAUGAACAACAAGAAUCAUCUAGCAAACAAAAAGAAGUUAACAAUGAACAAAAUGAAGAAAACAGUGAACAAAAAGAAGAAGAAAAUAGUGCACAAAAGGAGGAAGUUACUGAUCAAACGAAUAAUGCAAACGAACAAAAGGACAAUACAGAAAAUGACACAGCUCAGAAAACAGAUACUCAACAGAGCGAGGGUUAGGCGUGAAAACAAUGAGAAAACACGAAAAAAAAUUGAAAGAUGGAAGAAAAAACUAAACAAUUUUUAAAUUGUGAUAUGCUCUAGAACCUAUUUUAUGACUCAUACAUUUUCACUUGUAACAUAUCACAUCAAACUGUUUUAUUCGAAACAUUUUAAAACCUGAAAUGGCUUGAGAUAAAGCAAGGUUUAGAAAUUACUGAUAUUAAAAUUUGUCAUUGGCGGAAGUGUUCCUACCAAACAUUUUCAUCUUCAAAAGUAUGCAGGGAGAUUGUACACAUUUUUAAAUAAGUAAGUUAUUCUCAUUUUGUUUUCAAUAUUUUAUUAUUUUUAAGUAUCUGACAUUUUGCUCACAAACAGAAAAAUGCUAUCGUCUUUGUAUUUUUAUAAUCCUCAACUUCUGGAAAGAAGACAUUUUAAAGUUAUUAUCAUUUUCUCAUUAAUACAUUUGAUCAUACUGCGAAAAUCGUAUCCAGAUUCUGAUUUAAUAUUAUUAUAAAAUGAAACUUAAAAAGACAACAGAUACAGCAUAAUUUGAUCUUUCUUGACAUUGUGAAAACUUAUCAAUAGCAUAUUGUUCUAAGCGUAGCUAAAUUUCAAAAUUAUACGUUCAGUAAUUUCUAAAUUACUGACAGAUGAACUAAUGGCGGGUUAGUUGUUUUGUUCAGUAUAGAAUGCACAAUUUUUCGUUUCAAAUAAAUAGUGAAACUGACCGACUUUAUUUUGUUAAUUUUGAAAUAACUUAAUUGUAAUAUUCAGAAAACAGACAGAUUUGCAUAUAGUAAAUCCUAGAUUUCGGACAAAAAACUAUCUUCUAUAAUACCGAUUUCGAUUAAUAUAUGCAUCUGUUAUUUCAGUUAAUUUUAUGUACGUUAUAUAAACGAGAUUUGUAUGUAUAUAAUUUAGAUAUAGUGACUAUUUAUGAAAUAAAUUUAUAUUUUCUGAA